AUGUCUUCAGAUGAAGGAGUUGUAGAAAGGAUAAAAAUCUUCACAAUCAAUGAGCUAGAAAAAUCCACUGACCACUUCAAUGAAGAUAGAAUACUUGGACAAGGAGGUCAUGGUACAGUUUAUAAAGGAAUGUUGAGUGAAGGAAGAAAUGUAGCCAUAAAGAAGUCUAAUAAAUUGGAAGAAAGCCAACGAGAAGAAUUCAUCAAUGAAGUGGUUAUUAUGUCACAAAUUAAUCAUCUAAACAUAUUGAAGUUGUUGGGAUGUUGUUUGGAGACCGACGUACCAUUAUUAGUAUACGAGUUUAUUCCCAACGGAACGCUUUACCAUCAUAUUCAUAAUCCAAAUGAAGAGUUUCCAAUCACUUGGAAAAUGAGGUUACACAUUGCUUCUGAUUCAGCUGGAGCACUUGCUUAUUUGCAUUCCUCAACUUCUACUCUCAUCUUUCAUAGGGAUGUUAAGUCUUCAAACAUACUUUUGUACGAUAAGUAUAGAGCAAAGUUAGCAGAUUUCGGGUUUUCAAGAUCUGUGGCUAUUGAUCAAACCCGUGUGGUUACUCAUGUCAUGGGAACGCCUGGUUACUUGGAUCCAGAGUACUUUCAAUCUCACCAAUAUACGGAAAAGAGUGAUGUUUAUAGCUUUGGUGUUGUCCUUGUUGAACUAUUGAUAGGACAAAAGGCAGUACGUGCUGCAUUCGAAGAGGAUCGAAGUUUGAUUUCAUGGUUCCUUUCGCAUUUGGAAAACUCUUCUGUGCUUAAUAUCAUAGAUUCUCAAGUCCUACUAGAAGGCUCAGAGGAAGAGUUUUUUAGCCAUUGCUAA